AUGUUCUCGCGCUCCGUAUUAAGAGGCUUUGCCUCCGAGCUGCGCUGUGCAGCCACCACAAUCUCCUCCGCCGCUCCCCUUCCCCAGCGAGCAUGCCUCCACCAAACAGCUCGGCUCCACGCCUCACAGCCAGCAUCCUCAUCCCAACCGCCAAAAGCUCCUCUCAGUGCUGAGCCCCGUGCUCAAUUCACCACACCGCCAAUUCAGAGAGGCCCCCGCGUACCAACAGACGAGGACGGCAACCCAAUACCGACGCGCCGCUGCGACAUCCCCUCGAAAAGCAACCCGCCCGAACUACAUCGUCGCCCAGCUCCACGCCCGCCCUACCUCCUCACGGAGGGCGACCACAUCCGCCUGCCAUUCCUGAUGCCCAACGUAAGGAGCGGCGACAUCCUGCGCUUUAACCGCGCCUCCGUCCUCGGGUCCCGCGACUACACCCUUAAAGGCUCGCCGGUGCUCGACGAGCGACUGUUUACGUGCCGGGUGCGCGUAAUCGGUACGGAGUCCGAGCCCAUGCGGAUUAAAGAGAAGACGAAGCGGAGGCAACGCCAUGUGCAGGGCGUCCGGAGCAAGCACAGGUAUACGAUGAUGCGGGUCAUGGAGGUUUCGGUGCAUAGCCCGGAGCAAUUGCUGGCGGAGGGUGCUAUAGUGGUUGAGGAUUCAAAGGAUGUCAUUGAGAAGGCUCAGCAAUGA